CUGCCUUCUGCCUGCUGCCUAUCACCGCUCUCUGCCAUGAGCGACGUGCUCCUCCAGCAGGUGCAGGCCAGACUAGCAGCCGAGGGAGCCGACUGGCUGCACCAGCUCCUCGGCUCCGCCGGCACCCAGGUACAGGGCAUGCAAGCGGCGAGCGGUGCCGGUAGGCGACCGCCUCGCCGCUCCCGCCCUCCCUCCCGCCUGAGCCCCAGUCCCCCUAGGCCCACGCGGCGCAAGACCUCCGCCGCUGCCUCCCAACCUCCGACUGCCGCGCCGGCAAGGCAGCGCACGGAGGGUAGGACAGGGGCCCGCGUGACGUCACGCGGCCCCGAAACUGCCACCAAUGCGGCCCCCAUACAAAAGCCCUCCGCCAGUUCUAAUAAGGCGAAGAGGGCCGCACGCAGGCCUCCCCAAGCACCCCAGGCCCAAAGUAUUGCGUCACCCACAGCUGAGGCAGCUCCUCAACCCAGUGUACCGGCCAGCCAAAUACCACUUUUCUCCACACCCAUCCCCCACUGCAGCACUAGGCCCCUUAUAGCCAUGAGGCACACGUCCCCUGUCCCACUGGAGGUAGAGGAAGGAGAGCUACUACUGGAGGAAGCUUUCUCCAGGUCACCCAGCCUGUCACCAGACCAUUUCUUCUCCACACAGCCCACAUCCCCCCCCCCACCCCUCCCCACCUAAAUCAUAUAUUUCAGAAGCCUUUCCUCAGGUUUUUUACACCCAACCCCUCAACCAGUCAAGUCGCACCCGGCAGAUGGCGGGCACGCCCGCACCAAGGCCCCCCCUGGACACAGGGACACGCAGGCGCCACCAUUCCACUGGUUCGGCCAGCGGGGUGUCGGCCAGCCACCAACCGGUCACCACCCUGACCAGGAGUACGGUCGUACGGAGGGCAGCCUCCACACGAUCAACCUCACCCAGAGCACCCCUGCACUAUGGCAGUCCCAGCCCAGCUGACACUGACUACCACCAAGGCAGACCUAGGCUACGUGACACAUCUGGGUACAACCCGAGAUCUCAGCCAGUAGCAGCACCUGCAUGCCCUGUUCCGGCCAGCCACAACCAGGCACAGUACGACUGGAACCCAACAGUGGGGGACCUUCAGAGAAUUGGUGCCGGAUACGGAACGGGAGGGAGCAAAAUGCCCAGCAUUCCUAUGGCGCCUGGUGGAGGACAACUGCUGAUCCUGGUUAGGUCCUCGGUCACCCCAGCAACGUGGCAAGCAUAUGGUAACGCAUGGAGCGAGUGGUUACAUUUUGCUAAGGGUAACGGCGAGGAUGCUCGCCAGCUAUGCGACAGCACUAUUAACUACCUAGUAGCGCUGCGAGCCAGGGGCGGGUCAGCCAUUUCCGCGCAAAGGCGCCUCACCGGCUUGGCCUUUUUCUUUAAGCUUCUAGGUUGGCAGGAUGUCACUAAGCACUUCAUAAUUACACAGGCCCUCAAGGGCUGGAGGCGAGAGGGGAAGAAGGGUGACACGCGCAGGCCAGUGGAUUUCCAGCUGCUACAGCGCUUGCUAGCCCCACUUCAGGUCAUCUGCAAGUCUCCAUACGAGACUGCUCUAUUCCGGGCAGCGUUCAGCCUUGCUUUCUUUGGGGCCCUUCGCAUUAGUGAGCUCGUCCCCCAGAGCGCCAAAAAGCUGGGCGGACUUAAGCAAGAAGACAUGAUCGUAAACGAAAAAUUUAUAAGGUUCCGGAUAGGUAGGUCAAAAACUGAUGUCCUAGGAAGGGGCUGCUGGGUGACCAUCUCCGCUAUCCAAGGCCAUGCUUGCCCAGUACAGCUGAUUAGCACCUUCGCGGCGCUGCGGAGCGCGGGCACAAACUUCCUCGUACACGAGGAUAGCUCCCCCCUUACACGCUAUCAGUUUAGCCGCCUGUUCAACAGAUGCCUCGAGCACCUGGGUCUGGAAAAAAAGGAGUUCGGCACGCACUCCUUCAGAAUUGGCGCUGCGACGGAAGCAUGCUUACAAGGCCUUAGCGAGUCGUCAGUAAAAUCAGUGGGAAGGUGGAAGUCGAAUUGCUUUGCGGCUUAUAUUCGUCCCAACCUGAUAAUUAAUCAGUUCUCUCCCCAGGUUCCAAUACGCCAGUAAUUCUAAUGGUUGGUCAUUCCUACCUCCGUCGGGCAGAGAGGUGGGCGGCUAUUCGUCCAGGAGGCAGGAACCUCGGUUUCCAUGGGGUUGACAUGGUUUGGAAGGGAAUUAGCGGCCUGCGGUGGCUACAAGUAUUACCAGAAGUGUUUACCUUCAGUAAAAUUUAUAACGGCCCACUGGUGCUGGUCAUCCAUGCAGGGGGCAACGACCUAGGCGCGGUUAAGGUGGCCGAGCUAAUAACGAUAAUCAAGUCAGAUUUAGAGCGCUGCGCUUCACUGUUCACUAACCCAAUUAUUUUGUGGUCGGAAAUUGUCCCCAGACUAACAUGGAGAGGGGCCAGGGACCUAGAUGCGAUCGACCGCGCGCGCAGGCUACUUAACACGAGGAUAUCCCGUUUUGUCAGGAAUAAAGGAUGGGUAGCAUGGCGCCACAUCCACCUAGAGGGUGACACUUAUAGGUUCAUGACACAGGACGGAGUACACCUCAAUGACAUAGGGCAAGAUAUUUUCUUGUCCGGUUUGCAGGAUGGCAUUGAAAGGGCUCUAGGGCUCUUGGUGGGUGGGGGUCGGAGUUCAAGUAGGGGUACAUGAACUCCUCCUGGCGGGGAUAGUCCUUGGCCAUUUAAGUCCGGUUGGUUUGGUGUUUUUCACAUGCCCACUGCGUUUGCAGUGGCCGGCAUCCGUUAUAAUAACAAAUAAGUUGUUGGUGAAGUUGGGAAAGUUUUGUAAUACAUGGCAAGGACUAUUUUCGGUUGUAUCUCUUUAAUAAAGCUGUGGCCGAACCCUACCCACAAAAAAGGAA